GGGAGCCUGUCUCUAUGACAACGUGGUGCAGGCGGGGUUUGCCAGCUGGAGGCAGAGUCAGUCAGUCAGUGCUCAGUUGGCAUCAGCGCCUCGAAACCUCCACACCGCAUCACGCCCUGAGUGGAAUGGAAGAAAAGGACAAGAAAGAGCAUGGGGAGUACACCGGAGAGAUAAAGGGCGGGCUGCGGCCUUCAAUGAAGCUGGUUGUGAUGGGAAUCAUCAACAAAAAGCCCAAAAGCAUGGAGGUGACUCUGUCCAGUCACCCUCAGGAGGAAGAGGAGGAGGGCGACGUGGGUCUCCAGCUGAAGAUCAGCUUCAUGGACAAAGCCGUCCAACGUAACGCCCGCAUGGCUGGAAAGUGGGGAAAGGCAGAAAACAACCUUUCCUUCUUUCCUUUUGCAGCUGGAGAAUCCUUCAAGAUGGAGAUCGUGUGCGAGCACCAGCAGUUUCGCAUCCUGGUGGACGGUCAGCCCCUCUGCGGCUUCACCCACCGGAUCGCCCCGCUCGCCUCCCUCACUGCCUUACGAGUCUUUGGAGAUCUACAGCUUACCAAGGUGGCCUAACACCAGCGACAGAGAACAGCAGCGUACAUAGGGACGUCCUGGGACAGUCAGAGUUUAGAAUAGAGCCAGUUUUUUGAGAGAAUAAAGUAACCCAUGAUGGAAGAUAAACCUGCCUCGUAAUCACGUGUUAAGACAAAGUGCCUUCACUAGAUUACUUAUUUAGAGACUUGAAGAGAAAGACCGACAGUCAUCAAUGUCUUACAUAAACCGAAGAAUGUGAUUUGAAAUGAGUUUUAAAGCUGAUGAGGUCGAAGCUAUAACAUUUUCCCUAAAUGAACAAAGUGAUGUGUGGCUGCAUCAGUUUCCUGGUGCUUUUAAAUCUCAGACCAAUGCCUUUGAUUUCUCUGGAGUUAACUUUUGAAAGCACUUAACGUUUACGAGCGCCUGCAUGAAGAUGAAUGUUCACACAAACAAUUGAUUGUCAUCCUGUGCCCGACUAAGUACUGUAACAAUAUUCAUUCACCGCGUUCACACGGCAGCCGUUUUCCUGUGACGUCCAGCUCAAGUUAUUAUUUAAAGCAGAAUGAAAAACGUUUACAGGCAUACUCAUGUUUGGUUUUAAGUUAGCAUUCAAACCCCACUCUUACAUGGUAAGUUCAAACUUAAACAAACCUGAGCGAGAGCAUAGCUAAUGUUGAUGUUAGCUGGACAGGAUUGGUGCGUUCCAUUAACCUCGGUUAUUGGAGCCAGGAAUGACGUCACACCUGUGUUAAACGUGUUCCAGUUACGAGUUGGCAACAAGUCAGACAAGCGACAUGGACGCCUCCAGGAGUUUGUUUUGUUAGCUACCAGGCGAUAACACACUACGGGAUAACUUCAGACUAAACUAACAUGACAACACGUCCAGAGAGAGAACUUUUACUUAUUUAAUAACACAAAAAGAGGACUAAGCAGCUACAAUAGUUACAGCUUAGACUUUACUGUUGACGCCCUUAGCAGCCAUGUUGGAUUUUAAACUCGGGCUACUGAAGGUUCUUCAAUUUUCCAAGUCGGACUUCCGACUUCAAGGGGCGUUUCUGAUGACAUAUCAGACCUGCACCCCUAAUUUUCCCGACUUCUGAGAUCAAAUGGAACACACCAUAAGCUUUCCUUAACCUGUUUUUCAAAAUGGCAAAGUUAGCAUUUAGCUUCUUACUGGCUAACUAAAGAGGGGCUCAAUCCUAAAGUUAGCAACUUUGGCUGAAUGGCGCUCCAGUUUUGCUAAAGCUAGAGGUAAGGUUAGCAUUCAACUUCUUCCUCGCUAAACCUCGCUAGAAUAGCCUGAUGCUGUUAAGCUAGCUGUGAGUUAACAUUGAUAAACCUAACAUGUGGCCCAACAUCCCUCCAGAUUUGCAUUAUCCAUCUUCCUGUCAGUUGCAUCUCAAUCCAGAAAAGUUAGCAUUAAAACCUGAAUCUGAGUAAAACAACAGAACAUCAUGUGAGCCAGUCCAUUUAUGCGUGACGUCAGAGGAAAAUGGCCGCCGUGUGAAAACAGUAAAUAAUGUAAAAACUACUCCGUAGCCCACGUUAGUGCAUGCCAGUAAUCCAAUCCGUGUAAUUCUGAUUUAACCUCCUGGAUUAUGUCACACAUUGUGUUAUUAUCACUUUGUUUGUGUAUUUUUUCUCUAUCUUAGCACUUUUUAUGUAAAUGUUUCAUAUCGACUUCACUGCAAUAAAUCACUUUAGUUGUUAUUA